AGCGCAUUCGUGAUGAUGAAAUCUGUGCGUGUUCAGUUGAGCGCGGCUCUCUCAGCGGUGAGGAAGGAGUUUGGUGUAUUCCAGCACGCAUACGCCCCCUACCCUCCUCUCCUCCUCCUCCUCCUCCUCCUCUUCUUCUCUUCUCCUCUCCUCUCCUCUCAUCCACCCGAGAGAGCUGCUCUCCCCCCUCCGCUCAUUCAUCCUCUCGGACAGGCUCCAUCCUUUGACGGGGAGCAGAAGCAGCAGGGCGGUGGCAAUCGCAAGCCCUCAAUGCUCGGCAUUUGGACGGAAAUCCGCGCGUCAAACCUGGAGAGACAGGACUGCAAGUGAUUGCUAUGUCAGAGAAAAGUUCAGCCGCAAAGAAUACAGCAGACGGAGGUUAUACGGAUCACGAUUCAAAGAUGUCGGAUGAGCACAGAGACACGGAUGACUCGUCGGAAAAAACGCCUAGUAGGAUGUCCAGAUCCCCGCAGAAAUCCUCCAAAAGACCAAAGACUGCACCUGUGAAAGUCACACUGCUUGAUGGAUCUGCCUAUGAGACUGGGGUGGAGAAGCUCUGUAAAGGACAGGUGUUACUGGAUAUGGUGUGUGAACAUCUCAACCUCCUGGAGAAGGACUACUUUGGCCUAACUUUCAGUGACACGGAGAGCCAAAAGAAUUGGCUGGAUCCUUCAAAAGAAAUCAAGAAACAAAUCCGCAUGGGUCCGUGGCAUUUCUCCUUUGCUGUCAAAUUCUACCCUCCAGAUCCGUCUCAGCUGAUUGAAGACAUCACACGGUAUUACCUGUGUCUGCAGCUGAGGGAGGACAUACUGUCAGGUCGUCUGCCCUGCUCGUUCGUCACUCAUGCUCUGCUGGGCUCGUAUGCUGUUCAGGCUGAGCUGGGAGACUAUGACCCAGAGGAACACGGGCCAGACUACAUCAGCGAGUUCCGCUUCGCCCCCAAUCAGACCCGUGAGCUGGAGGAGAGGGUGAUGGAGCUGCACCGCACCUACAGGGGCAUGAGUCCUGCAGAGGCUGAAAUCAACUUCCUGGAGAAUGCCAAGAAACUCUCCAUGUAUGGCGUUGAUCUUCAUCACGCUAAGGACUCUGAAGGCAUUGACAUCAUGUUGGGGGUGUGUGCCAGUGGCCUCUUGAUCUAUAGAGACCGGCUGCGUAUCAACCGAUUCGCCUGGCCCAAGAUCCUUAAAAUAUCCUACAAGAGAAGCAACUUCUACAUCAAAAUCCGACCUGGAGAGGUAGAGAAAAAGUAUGAGCAGUUUGAGAGCACCAUUGGCUUCAAGCUGCCCAACCACCGUGCCUCUAAGCGCUUGUGGAAAGUCUGCAUUGAACAUCACACAUUUUUCAGGUUGGUCUCUCCUGAGCCUCCUCCCAAAGGCUUUCUUGUGAUUGGCUCAAAAUUCCGCUACAGUGGGCGGACCCAAGCCCAGUCUCGCCAGGCCAGUGCUUUGAUUGACAGGCCAGCUCCUCAAUUUGAACGAUCAAUUAGUAGGAGGUACCUGCUGUCCCGCAGCAUAGAUGGAGAGUCUGCAUUAGGGGACACUUUGGACCGACUCUCCCAGCACACCUCCAGUGAGCCUGUGCAUAGCCUUCCCAGAGAUGAGCUGGACCAGGACUACCUUGAGCCCAGUCUGGAUCAGGAGCUGGACCAAGAUCACGAACAACCUGAAGACCAGCAACUUGAAAGUGACUCCACUCCAUCUAAGACUGUGGAGCUCAAGAGGGAGGAGGCAGGCUCUCCUGUAGACUCUAAGACGGAGUUGGACCAGGACUUGCCCCUACGUCCUAAACAGGAGCAGUUCCUGGAUAAACCAGAGGAUGUGUUGCAGAAACAUCAAGCCAGCAUCAAUGAACUGAAAAGAGCGCUGAGAGAGCCCAACAGCAAACUGGUCCACAGAGAGAAACGUCUCUCUGGAGCCUCAUCUGGUAGCACUCCGGAGAAAAAAUCUGCCUCAGAGGAUUCCGUAUUGAUUGAGAAGCAAGAAGGUUGUCAAAGAAACCUGCCCCUCACUAAAAACGAUGAAAAGAGCAGGAGUCCUAGGGUAGCUUCAUUAGCCACUGGAUUCGACAAAGAGACAGAAGGCGAAACGAGAGAGAAAACCAUCGCCACACACAGUGACAUAAGAAUAAAACAAAGUGUAGCAAAAAGGAACUCAACAGAAACCAUCCUAUCACCAGAGAAGCCCCUGAGAAAUCGCGCUAAAAGCCCUGGUUUAAGGUACAACCAUUUCCAGGGUGCCAGUUCUUUGGAGGAGAAACCAUUUGAUAAUGGGCACCCUCGGGACAGAUCCUUGUCAGAGAAUGUCAUUCAUACAAACGGAUGCAAUGAAUAUGAAACAGAGAGAAUUUGGUGCAAUAAAAAGUACAUGGGAGUAACCAAUAGAGAAGACAACACCACAAAUCAAGACUUGCCAAGGUAUGUAGUGAGAAGCUUCAGAGAGGCUUCUCCCAAUGCAGCCAUAGAUAAAUAUAUGAGAGAUCAAUAUAAUGAAAACCGGUGUGGUAUAUAUAUGAGAGAUCAAUAUAAUGAAAACCGGUGGGAGAGACAAUCCUGUGAAACAGAAGCAAAAUACACCAGAGCUACCUUACAGAAGCAAACAUCUAAUCCGGAUUCCAAGAGUAAAAGCUCAAUAAUCCAGAGACAUGAUUCUACUGCAAGCGACUCAUCACAGUCUGAGGUGAAACGAAUUGUUCCACUGAAGCCUGAGAGGUCAAAGAAGUUGAAAGGCAGUAAAGGAGCCAAGCUGCAAGGACAACCAAAUGAAAAAAGCAUUUCAGGAUCAUUUGAUCAAAGUGAAGAUACCAAGUCUAAGGUAGAGCAAGUUGGGUUUGAGAAUGCCCUGGACAGCUUGUCACAGCUCAAAAACUCUGCAGUUGUAGAAGGCACUGGAACUUUUGCCAAGCACGACUGGGCAAGUAAUUGUCACAAUAGGGAAGUCCGAGAAUAUAGCCGUCAGUCUCUUCAAGACAGGCCCCAAUUAAGGGAUCUCAAGAACAAUGCAGACCACAGACUUAGUAUAGAACAAGAUCAGUUUCUUUUUGAAGAUCCACUGUUUAUGUUUGACUUUCCAACCAAUUCAGCAUUUCCAGCUUUUGACCAGAUUCCCCCUUUAUACCCACCUGUAAAAUCCCAGUGGGCAAGAGAUACACGUACCAAACCGAUCACCAAAAGCGAUUCUGGCAACAGUCUUCACAAGAGCUCCACAAUGGAAUCUUCCAAGAGGAAACCAGUGGAGUCCCUUCCCACUCCAGCAAUUCAUGCGGAGCCUCAGGAGGAAGCCCAGAGAGAUCUCUGGGAGAGGCACUUGGGAUCGUUGUCGGAAGAUGAUCCUGAUCCUGACACUCUGUACCUGAAGGAGACCCACCUGGGCAUUGAGCGCAAAUGCUCGAGUAUCACUGUUAGCUCAACGUCCAGUCUGGAGGCUGAGGUGGACUUCACUGUGCUCAUGGACUUCCAAACGGGUAUCGAGGAAUUUUCUAGAGGCAUGACUGAGCUGGGGGAGAAAGACUUCUCACCUGAGUUUGGCCUCUCUGACCGUACCACCCAUCCAGCCUUUAUACUGGGAGCAGAUCCUAUCUACUUUCCAGAGGAGAGACCCGAAGAAGUACAGAGGCCCAUAGAGAAACCAAAGCCUGUUGUAGAACACAAGGCACAGGAGGAACGUAAACCGGAGCCUUUUGUACCUAAGAAAGCUCCGCGGUCGGUGAAAGCUGCCCAAGCCCUGAGGAAAGACUCUACAGAACAAGCUAAUACCCAGUUGAUGAGACGGGAGAGCUUGGAGUCACCCCCAUUCCAUCCUCUCAGCAGAGAGAGCAGUGAAAUCAUUGCCUCCCAAGCUCUUAGGAAGACCGAGGUCAAGAUCGAGACGCAGCCCAAUGGCUCUGAGGUCACCACAACCAUAAUGGAGAUUGCAGACCCGGACCAUGGUAUCAGCAGUUUGCGAGAGGCCACAUACUCUAUGACGGAGAGAAUCUCUCCUGUGAACCUGGGAUCAUUAGCUAGAGAUGGCUCUCCUCUAAUGGUAACCGAGAACGUAACGUCAGCCACUACAACUCAUGUUACUAAGACGGUGAAGGGAGGCUACUCGGAGACAAGAAUUGAAAAGAGGAUCAUCAUUACUGGUGAUGAUGAUGUUGAUCAAGAUCAGGCGCUUGCCAUGGCAAUAAAAGAAGCCAAGCAACAGCACCCUGACAUGUUGGUUACCAAGGCGGUGGUUGUCAGGGAAACAGAAUCUUCCACUCAAGAUCCACAUGAGGAAUCGAAGUCCUGAUCUCCUCAGUUCUCAGGAUUUCAACAGGAAGCAAGUGUUCCUCAACGACUGCCAGUGGGUCGCCAACAUCUACAGACCUCUUAUUCUAAGCUUCUAGCUUCCACUUACAUACACCACACUAACACUUACACAUGCACACAAACACAUGCUGCCUCCCAGAUGUCGGAACCUAUUCCUUCUCAUGUAAUUUCUAUUUUGUGUCUACAUUCGCUGUGGUAACAUGGACAUACUGGUUGAGGAGGCACACGGUCUCCUUGGCGGAGGACUGCUAAGGAAGGACAGACUCAUCACAUCAAUCAGACGAUUUAGCCGCCAUUGUAGUCUCUUGCUUUUUCUUCACGAAUGUGAAAACUAACCAAGCGUACUAUCGACAGCCCGAUGCUAACAUCAAGCAUGAGGCAUGGGGCUUUUGGAUGAACAUUGCUGAAGAUUUAGCGUAGUGGAGUGACAGUAGUAUCUAUUGAGUAGUUUUUCUAGGGUUCAUUGAGAUAUAACACAGAUCUUUUUGCAAAUACUGAACUGUAGGGAAAAGCCUAGCUAGCGUACAUACAGUAUGUCGUGCUUCUCUGAUCAACAAAUGUUAUGUUGCUGAAUGUUAAAUUCUGAAUCUCAUCUGCAUGUGGCAAAGCAGGGUUUCAAAUGUUUUCAUAUACAACAACUGGUUCAGUGUCGUUACAAACCAGAGAGGAAAAUGAGAGACUGUAUUACUGUAUGAUUGUCAAACCUUUUGACAGUCCCCUUAAAAGUAUUAAUUUCCAUAUUAUAAAUAAUAUGGAGAUAGUGGGCUUUUCCCCCCUGAUUUUAUUAUUAUUAUUUUAAUUAUUCUAGAAAGUUGUGUUUGUUUUAUUUAAGGAGCCCUUACAUAUGCUCAUUAGAUUUCAAGAAAAGAGGCAAAUGAAAAGCGCCAAUUUACAGUACAAACUUUUCAGGGAACCAAUUGUAAUCAAACUUUAGAUUUUAGAUUCGAAAUAUCCCCAAGUGUGACAUAAAUUAAAAAAUGCACGACACAAAAAGUCAAACGUUCGCUUGUUGAAUGCUCUAUUUCAUGUCCUAAACAUAUUGUUAAACUGUGAAAACGUCCAAAGAAACCAAACCUAAUUUGAGUUCAGUACAUGCUGACACACUUGCAUAAUCAAUCAAUGUGUUAUGUGCAUGUAUAUUUAAAAUUUAAGCAUUUGAAGAAAAUUCUAUUCAGAAACUAGAAUUAUUUUCCAAGCCAAUAUUUAACAAAUUCCUGCUCUAUAUGUUUGAAACUUUUGUGAUAAAAAAAAAAAAAACUGUUACUUCCCACACAAUGCUGUGCCAAUGAACUAAUGAUUUUUAAACGCUGUUGAAAUGGUUCUGAUUUGUUAGAUAUGAGACGUUUUUAUGUGUAAAUGUCAUGAGCCUGUGGUUUUCAGUGAAGCGUGACCCUUGAGCCAUGAUUCUCUUUACAAACGUUCCUCUGUAAAAGCAGUAGAAAUCCUGGAUGACACAGGACAUAUAUGUGUUCUAGUAUUGAACGGACGAAUGAGCUUCGAAUUGUGUGUAUUGCCAAAUUUAAAACUUUACAGGAUGAAAGAAGAUCAGGACAGCUCUUAACAACCUUUGCUAACACGGUGAAGGCUUGUUCUUGUGUAACUAAUGCAUUUGUUCAGGACUGUGCACUAUGUGAAAAUAAUAACACUUUACACAACCUGCAGAUAUCAGAAGGGGAAUCUGUAUACGUCAUACUUCCAACAUGAUCAGUCACUGAUUUUUGAGGAUAUGUGAGCUCUUUUUGAAUAUAAAGAAGUGCCAUGCAAAGGUUGAUAGUUGGAUUCCUAAUCAACCGCAGCAUUCUUACGCCAGCCCAUUUGCUAAGCCAAUGACAAAGUUUUGUCUCUUUAGAAGGCAAUGCUCUUGUUUAAACGCUGUAUGUUGCAUUUAAGAUUUGGAGGAAAACAAGAUAAGCUUAGAAAAGUACUCUUAGCAUCAAUUCCCCUGAGAUUCCACCUGCAGACACUUAUGUUUACAAUGCUAUCCUCUACUUUCUACUGCUUGGUUUUGUGUGUUUGCUGUACAGUGUUCGAAAUAAAUCAGAUCCAUCCAUGUGGUCAAGUUUGCUA